AUGCAAUAUUAUUUGGUGUCAGUGAACAAGCCAAAGUCUUGUCUUUGUCCAAAGUCACGGAGACGAAGAUACAAGAAACCCCCCUCACUGGUGGCUCCCAUGGUUGUAACCUCACCUGCAGUUGUGACUCCUGUGCCUCUGACACUCUCAAAACCUGGCCCUAGUAUCCAUGCACUUGGCUUCUUGUCCUUGGAGAAUAAUGUCCCUGGACUACCCCAGCUAAUCCUUGAAAAACUGAACAUGAAAAGUUAUGAAGAAUACAAGUUGGUGAUAGAUGGGGGCAUUCCUGGAUCAGGCUUUGGAUUUCAAUGCCCUCGAGAAAUGUUCCAGAAGAUGGAGGACACUUUCAAAUUCUGUGCUUACUGUAGCGUACUCCCUAGUGGCCUCUCAGACUCCAAGGUCCUGCGGCACUGUAAAAGAUGCAGAAAUGUCUAUUACUGUGAUCCAGAGUGCCAGAGGUCAGACUGGCCAGUACACAGGAGGGUUUGUUAAGAGUUGAGUCUUGUAGCUGUGGACCGUCUCAUGGAAUGGCUUCUGGUAACAGGUGAUUUUGUUCUACCUUCAGGACCUUGGCCAUGUCUGGCUGAAGUUGUACAGAACUGGGAAACCUGGUUUUCUAUGCGAGGUUUACAGCUAGAUGCUACACUGAGUGCUGUGCUAGGUAGUCAUGCCAUGACCACCCUGUGGACCAAUGCAGGACGGCCAAGACCAGAUCCAGAUAUCCUGCAGGGCUCUUUGAAGCGGCUGCUGACAGAUGCCCUGUCACGACCCUUAACAGUGGGCCUAGGGCUGCGGGCCUUGGGGAUAGAGGCUGGGAAGAGUGGGGGAGUUGCUGUGCAUGUGGUUGGUGCUUCCCAUGUAGAAACAUUCCUCACUCGCCCUGGGGACUAUGAUGAGCUUAGCUACAUGUUUCCUGGACACCUUGGCCUCCGUGUGAUCAUGGUGGGUGUAGACGUGGCUGCUGGUUUUUCACAGAGUAGUUCUUCACCCCCGGAGCCUGGCAAAGCUCAACUUACUGGCCAACGGGGCUUCUAUCAUGACUUCUGGGAGGAGCAAGUAGAAACUGGGAAGACAGCUCGUCCAGAUUUGGUGGUGGCAUUCCAUCCAGGUUUCCAUGCUUCUCUAGACUUAGUAGAAGCUUGGCUUCCUACCCUCCUGCUACUUCGUGAUUAUGGCAUCCCUACAUUGAUUACUCUUUACAGCCAUCAGGAGUUGGAGGCAUCUUUGCAGAUUCUGGUGGACCUGGAUACACAUAUCACUGCCUAUGGAGCUAACCCUUUUGCAUCCCUUAAACCUGAACAAGUUUAUUCCAACCCCAACAAACAACCAAUAUACUGCAGUGCCUACUAUAUCAUGUUUCAUGGGAGCUCCUGCCAGCUGGAUAAAAAGAAGUUGGAUGAGAAAGUAGAUGGUAGGGUUUAGAUUAAAUUGCUGACUUGAGUGUCUAGAAAAUGGACAAGUUGUAAUGAGAGUAACCUGAUACCAGAUGGUUGCCAACUUUUUUCCCCCUCACCAGAGCACUGCUCAGCUCUAGCUGUAUGGUACUGGGGAUUGAAUCUGAGACCUUAAAACCUCAAGCAUGAGACUAUUUUGCAUAACUGUUACCCUGUCUCCCUGGCACCAUUGCCAACUUUGAAGCCUACUUUAUCCUAAACCCUAUUCACCUGUCCAGGAAAAGAUUCUAAGUUGAAUUAGAGGUCUUACAACCUGUGACCAACCUCCCUUUUUUUUUUUUUUUUUUGCAUUUUAAAAACAAAACAACUUUAUUUGACUUAAUGCAUGGACAUUGAUUAUAUUUUAGUAGUUAUAUAUUUCUUAUAACUUUUCUCACUACUGAGGGUGAGCAUUUAUUAUUAUAUCCUUUAGCAGCACAUUUCUCUAUCACAGUUUUAUCAAUAUCAUAAACAGAAUACAUACUUGAAAAUAAAUAUUUAGCAAUUCAGCACUGCUUGAAUUUAAGUUAUUUUGUUAUAUUUAGCAGGAGUUAAUAAUUUCAUGAAUCUUUAUGGGAAAUUUGUCUUCUGAAUCUCCUAAACUUUCUUUGAAUAUACAAUUACACAAUUAAAACUGGGGAGUUUGUACCUAUCAUGACAACUAAUAUAUAUUGGCCACUAGAGUUACUGCUGGGGCUUACUGCUUGCACGAUGAAUCUAUUGCUUCUGGUGGACAUUUAUUUCCUUUUCUUUUUUUUUUUCUUUCCCCUUUUUGAUAGGAGCAGAUAGAAAUUGAGAGGGAAAGAAGACAUGGAAAGAGGGAGAGAAAGAGAAACACCUACAGCACUGUUUCACCAUUCAUGAAACCUCACCCUCCUCUAGCCCCCACAGAUGGGAAGCAGGGGCUUAAACCUGGGUCUUAGUUCAUGAUAACGUGUACACUCUGCUGGGCCCACCACCGCCCAGCCCCAACAGCUAUUACAUCUUAACUAAAUCUGAUCUACAGAAGAUUUCACAAAAAUCAGAAAAAUGAAUGAAAGUAGAUAUAACAUAUUCAUUUCUGAUGGCUUUACCAGUUUUUAAACAAGGUAAAGAAUUAAUUGUUAAUUUAUUAUACCUACUUGUGAUAGUAAGUGUGCUAGUGUUAAAAUGUAUUAUAGUAUUUACCCCUUUCCUAUUUAUAAAUAAUGCAAUGUAAAAAGUUAUAAAGAACAUGCAGAGAGUGGUCCGGGAGUUGGCGUAGUGGUAAAGCUUUGGACUCCCAAGCAUGAAGUCGCGAGUUCGAUCCCCGGCAGCACAUGUGCCAGAGUGAUGUCUGAUUCUUUCUCUCUCCUCCUAGCUUUCUCAUAAAUAAAAUCUUUAAAAACAAAACAAAAAGAACAUGCAGAGAGUAUAGCCCAUUCUUGUAAAUGUCAAGUCUCUGAGAAAUGAAAUGUAAUAUAAUGUACCAGGUAAAAGUGCAGGCAAUGGGGAGUCAGGCGGUAGCGCAGCAGGUUAAGUGCAAGUGGCGCAAAGCGCAAGGACCCGCAUACGGAUCCCGGUUAAAUUUCCUAAAUUACUAAAAAAAAAGUUGUUAGUAUAGUGGCCAGGAAAAUAAUUCAACUAGUAGUUCAUUGAACUUACCUGCACCUGCCUGAGAUUUCCAGCUUAAUCUCCAGUGUCACAUGCAUUAGACAGGUGCUCUGGCUUAUUUAUCUCUCUCCUCUCUGUCCCAUGUGAAA